AGGGAAUUUUAUUGUCUUUAAUUUAAGACUGCAUAACAGUUCACCCAAACUCGCGAACAAUUUAAAAAAUUGCAUUUUUUACAUAAGAAAUUGUAUGCAUAAUUACUGGUUCGUUAUCACUUCAGGGAACAAAAUGGUGGAUGCGCUCACCUGGUUUAUAUAGAGCCUUAAUAAUAGAUACGAGCGAAAAAGAAUCGGAAUUUCCACUCCAAAUGAACGGAGUGUCACAUCCUGUGUGCGAUGUCAAAAUACGCUUUUUUUACGUAACUAUGUUACUAAAGACUUUAAAAAGUGUUUGUUCAAUUUCAUUUUCAUCGAUAUUUAAAGGCGAAUUCGAGAUUGAUGCCGAAAACUACGCUAUUCAAACUUUUUCAUCUUCAUCGGUACGAAAUACGAAUGAAUCAACAGUUUACUUCAGUGCCGGUGGUAAUAUGGAAGACCUGAAAAUAGGCAUCGAUCGUAAAACAUAUCGUUUGAAAGAAGAAAGCUUAGCCCGUAAACGCAAUCAAGAGUAUCACAAGCAACUGUUUUGGAACGAUAUCACCAAUUAUUAUAAGAUUUGGGAUGUACAAGCUGCCAAAUACAAUUCUUGGGCCUCUCAGCCGCCUACUCCUACAAAAUGCGAGGAUGAUGAUCGUAAUGGCAGUGAACAACUUGAACAAAGAAGAAACCGUUUGUCGCGUUUGUUGAGCGACGAGUUCCGACAUUACGAACACGAUUUGGAGUUGUUGCUACGUUCGAAGAAUAUCAAAACUGCGAGUAAGAAAACCGAGAUGAGAGGCAGCUCAGAAGACGACGAUUGCAAAGCAUCCCGAAAUUCGACGUCUUCCGGCGUUCGUCAUCUUUCACUUGAAAAGAGAAGUUUUCAAGAAUCGAUGAAACAAUGCUGGGAGGAACAGCUAAAAGAGAAGCAAAUGCAGAAAGAGUUCGAAAGAAAACUCGGGUUUAAGCUAGAAGAGGAAACCGCCAGACAACGGUUGCUAGAAGAACAGGUACGAGAGCGAGAUAUUCGGAAAAGAAAAGAAGAAACGAAAAAAUUACAAACGUACUUACAGUCGCAAAUAGAAGAGGUGAAAAAGCGAGAUGAAUUAACGCAGCAAAUUAAACACCGCGAACGACAAGAUAUACAAUUGAAGAGAGAAUUGGAAGAAAUGGCUGUGCGAAGAAAUUUAAUCGAAAAACAACGACGUAGCAAGGAAUUGUGCUCAUUUCUACAUCAUCAGUAUCAGAUGCAGUUGAAACAAAAAACUAAACACGUCCAAGAAGAGUUGAAAGAAGAUCAAAGUUUCGUCGAGCAACUCACUCGCUGCCUAGAGCAGGAAGAGCUGAAGAAUAGUUUGAUUCGCGAACAGGCCAGAAAGGAAAUAGAUCGCGCCAAUGCCGUAUUGCACGAAUAUUCCCGUCUAGAAAAGCAGCGUGAAAAAGAAAUGGAUUUCUUAUUUUUCGAGGAAGCAAAAAAACUCUGGCACAAACAAGAAACACGCUGGAUUGCCGAACAGGAAGCCAGAAAUAAUCUAAUGAGUGACGUAUUGAUUACUUUACAAAAACAGAUUAAAGAUAAACUCGAACAAAACGCCGAACAACACUCGAAAUUAGUAGAAGAAAAAGAAUUAUUACUGAAGAAUAUAGAAGCGACGAAUAUUCGUUUAAAGGAAACCAAUUACGAAGCGAAGGAAAAACAGCAGAAAUAUUGACAAGAUCUUAACACUCAAAUAUUGGAGAAAUGCUCGAAUGUUCAAAACGAAAACAACCAAUAAGAAGUUUCACUGUGAUGUCUCCGUUGAAGUUCUACGAGUUUGAUUUCAAAUCAAGCCGGAUUUCUGCUCCUAAUAAUUUUGCCACUUUAUAAAAUACACAUAUAUGUACCUCACCGAUUUCAGCAUCAGGUAUUUGUAAUGCGCGGCAGUACACGUGGGAGAUGUUUAUUUUUGACGAGAGAUGAAGUACAUACGAGUAAAUUGAGAAGAAGAGCACCACGAAUCGUUUACGUGUGUAUGAGAAAGAGAGUUGACCAAUGUGAAACGAAUACUCGGCUUGUAUUUGCGAAUUUCAUCCGAAAUGUACAUACAUUACAUAUUUACAUACGCUACUUACGUUAAUUUUAAAAUAUAAAUACGAAUCGUGCUCUCUU